AGUAGAAAUUGGAGAUCGGCACUAUCAGUGUACACGGUGGAUAAUUGUGAAGGUAGUUUAUGGACCACAUUUGAGAAACAUUUACUCAUUAUUACUUACGUGCUUUAAUUUCAGGUUCCAUGGUGUGCUAAAGCCCUCUGCAAACUGGUCUUUGACUUGUCUGUUCAGCCUUCUCUACAACUACUUCCCAAACAUCCUCUACCAUGUUCCAGUCUAAGAACCUUCUUGUGAAACUUUUCACUCACAUCAUUUUCUCCAUCUGCCUUGCCUCUGCUUCUCACCCCAGCUCUGCCUGGUGAAACCAUACCCACCCUUCAGAGACCCACUUGCCUUCUGCAAGGGAAUCUGGAAAAGUCACAAGCAAAACAUACAUUCACUAAGAAAAUUUUGGAUAACAGAAGUUCUGGAUAACAGGACAAACCAGUUCAGUCACCAUGAGUUGGAGUUUCCUGACUCGCCUGCUAGAAGAGAUCCACAACCACUCCACAUUUGUGGGAAAGAUCUGGCUUACUGUGCUGAUUGUCUUCCGGAUUGUCCUCACAGCUGUAGGAGGAGAGUCCAUCUAUUACGACGAGCAGAGCAAAUUCGUGUGCAACACAGAGCAGCCAGGCUGCGAGAAUGUCUGCUAUGAUGCCUUUGCACCUCUCUCCCAUGUGCGCUUCUGGGUGUUCCAGAUCAUCCUGGUGGCAACCCCCUCAGUGAUGUACUUGGGCUACGCCAUUCAUAAGAUCGCCAAAAUGGAGCAUGGUGAAACAGACAAGAAGGCAGCUCGGAGCAAGCCGUAUGCGAUGCGUUGGAAGCAGCACCGGGCUCUAGAAGAAACGGAAGAGGACCAUGAGGAAGAUCCCAUGAUGUAUCCAGAAAUGGAAUUAGAAAGUGAGAAGGAAAAUAAAGAGCAGAGCCACCCUAAACCCAAGCAUGAUGGCCGACAGCGGAUUCGGGAAGAUGGGCUCAUGAAAAUCUAUGUGCUGCAGUUGCUGGCAAGGACCGUGUUUGAGGUGGGUUUCCUGAUAGGGCAGUAUUUUCUGUAUGGCUUCCAAGUCCACCCAUUUUAUGUGUGCAGCAGACUUCCCUGCCCUCAUAAGAUAGACUGCUUUAUUUCUAGACCCACUGAAAAGACCAUUUUCCUUCUGAUAAUGUAUGGUGUUACGUGUCUUUGCCUAUUGCUUAACAUUUGGGAGAUGCUUCAUUUGGGAUUUGGAACCAUUCGAGACUCACUAAACAGUAAAAGGAGGGAACUUGAAGAUCCGGGUGCUUAUAAUUAUCCUUUCACUUGGAAUACACCAUCUGCUCCCCCUGGCUAUAACAUCGCCGUAAAACCAGAUCAAAUCCAGUACACUGAACUGUCCAACGCUAAGAUCGCCUACAAACAAAACAAGGCCAACAUAGCCCAGGAGCAGCAGUACGGCAGCCAUGAGGAGACCCUCCCAGCCGACCUGGAGACUCUGCAGCGGGAGAUCAGAAUGGCUCAGGAACGCUUGGAUUUAGCAAUCCAGGCCUACAGUCACCAAAACAACCCCCACGGUCCCCGGGAAAAAAAAGCCAAAGUGGGGUCCAAAGCUGGGUCCAACAAAAGCAGUGCUAGUAGCAAAUCAGGGGACGGGAAGACCUCCGUCUGGAUUUAAUCUUGGCUGGGCUUAAAACUUGUGCUUUUCAUAGUUCAUGGUAAGCAGCAGCUCACUGAGUAAUGACUUCCAUUGAGUAAACAUUUGGCUCUGGUUAUCUUCAGGGAUGCUGUUGGCUCAUGACCCAAGCUCAGGGGACUAUGCAGGCGGGCCCGGGACAGGGAAGAGAGGAAAACACAGUGUCCCUGGGCACACGUUCCAGCAAUAAUGCAGUCACAGAACUUUACAUCUGUACCUUCCACAUCUGGCAAAGAGCAGAUAUAUUUAAAUCAUUCUUGUUGAAUAGUUUUUGUAUGUACAGUAUUAUGGUACUUUUUUUUUUAGUAUGAGACUUUUUUUUUUGUAUUUGUACAUUGGACCACUGUAGUUAUACUUUUAUAUUAAAGGGGGAAAAAAUCCUUAUAGGGAUUGCCUAUUAGGCUAGUGUUAUUACUGUGUUCAGCAAAUUCCAGCCUGGGUUUAAAGUUUUUUAGAUGCUACACUUAACAGAAGUGCCUCUCAUGUUGCAGGGAAGAUUUCAGAUACGUAAGAAGACAAAGGAGGAAUCGCUUUUCAGUCUUGGAAAGAAAGUCCACAUCAGAAGGAGGUUGAGAUCUUCUCUACUUGAGAAAUCUUUGAAUCUCAUUCAUGUGCCAAGACUUGUAUUCAGUCUUUGAAAACCUAUUUAUAUUCUCAAAGGAGAUAAACGACUCAAUGCAGAAUUCCUUUAAUAGCAAGCGUUGUCAGUAGAUGCUCUGAUGAUGGUGUGCAUAUAAUUUAAGUUCUUUCAAGAAAAAGAUUGAUUCACAAAAGGUGUCCCCAACCUGGUGGUGGUGUGGAGACCCUGAGGAGCUGAUACUAAAGUUCCUCCAUCCCAUCCCAAAGCCACGCCUGGAAAAGGAGCCCUAAUAGAGUGCUUAGUUGUACACCCGUUUGAUUUGCCUUAAAUCUCUAUCCAGAAACCUGCCUCUCUCUGGUUUCUUAAGAAGCCAGUGGUAGAUAUUUUCUUUACAUGUUAACAUUAAAAAUACAAAUAUUCCCUUGUGGCUAAGAAUACUCACAGCUGCUUGUACUGCAUAUGGCAGAAGACUUAAAUACAAAUUCCUUAUUUUUAAUAAUUUACCUGGAACUUAUAUAAUUUUCCUAUUUCUGCCAAUGUAGGUUUCUUCCUGGAAGGCCAGUCAGACCUGGGAUUCUGUCUGUAAAUAGACCUGGAGAGGAUAUCCGUAUUUAUUCCCUAAAGGCAUAUCUAUUUAUCAAUGACAAGCAUCAGUGUUGACUUCACACUCGUAACUUACAGUAUUUUAUUGCCAUCUUCAACCUUACAUUGGAGCACUUUCCUCUCCUGCCAUGUUCACGGUGUUUGUCUUCUAGUGUGUGAGCUUCUGAGUAAGAGCUUGGUAAAGAUUUAAAGAAGGUUCCUUUUACCCGCUAGGGAGUGUUUCCUUUUGAAUGUCUCACUCUUUUCUAAAAGCUGUUAGAAGCCACCUCUCACUUUGAAAUUCUAAAGAUACUGUUUUUUUAUGUCUUAAUUUUAAAAUGCUGGUUCUUCGUUAUUUAGGAGACGUCUUAACAACAGCCUUUGUGAGGUUUUUCUCUUCUGUUUUUCUUCUCGUUUUUUGUCACUGCAUUUCUCCCUCUUCCCCACCAAAAAAAGAAACUCAGUAGAAAAUAUAAGCUUAUCCUCAAGCCAUGCAUUUACCUUUACUUUGCUUGUUUUUAAUCUAUAAAGUUCAGCCUAGAGAAGCUUCUCAGGAUCUCUGAACAUCUUAAGCAAAAAAGUAAACUCAGGUGAAACUGAGAGGAAAUUCCAGAAAUGGUACGCACGUGUGUGCGUGUCCUGGAAAGCUCAUAGACAUCCACAUUUUCCUCCAAGCCAAAUGUUCAUUAAGAAAAGUCGUGCAAUUAGUCUUAAGAAAUAGGCAAGAUUUUGAAAACCUCAGCUUAGCCAGCAUAAAGAACCAUCGAUUAAUUCUUAUGUCAUUGGAGCUUCCAGCAUAUUUAGCUGAAGGACAGAAAAUACAUGCCUGCUCAUGUCUGUCUAGUCAAAACCUGGAGGAGAGCAGAGCGGCUCCGCCCGCGGGCAGGUUGGAUUGAGAGUGAUGGAAAGGAGUCCAGAGACGGGCCAGGAUAAGGCGUCUGGCACCAGGAGGCAUCACUUAGUUUCUCCAUACAGUGCCCCUGGUGUUUACUCGACUUGUUCUCAUGACAGUGUUGUCUUUUGUGUCUGAAUUUCUUCAACUUCUUAAAGUAUAUGGACAGAUAUUCUCAGUCACUUCCCAUGUGCACAUGCUUUUUAAAAAAUCUAUUUUUGUUCUCACUAAAUUUUCAUAACGACAUGAAUUUCCCAACUGACUGCUUUCUUGGUACAUUUCUUUCAGCCUUUGAGCAUGAGUUCAAAUGCCAAAGCCAUUUCCCCUAGUGACAUGUUAGGGACCUGCAUGAAGGAAAUGGGACCAUCCAUGUCUAGCUUAGUAACCCAUUAUCUGGGUCAACUUUAAAUCUACAAAAAUUUUAUUCUGAUCGUCUCUGGAACUUGUAAGCUAUUUGUAUAAAAAGCAUGUCACCAAGGUUUUUUGUUUUUUUUUUUUUUUUCUGUUAAGUUCAUAAUCCUUUGACUUGCCAUAUAAGACAUGCUCUUCUCUAAACAGGAGUUGAGUGCGUUGUCUCUCGCAUACUUGACACCGAUAUGAUAUGUCCCUUACUCAUCUUUGUUAAAAUCUAUUAUUUAGGUUUGUAAAAUGAACAGGCCUUCUCCUUAGUUCAUAUUUAAGGGAAGAAUCGGGUAACAUUUUCCCUAAAGAAAUGUUAAUUGUUCAUUUUGUGGCUUUUUUUUUUUUUUUUCCUGGUGAUUUUCCUUGACUAAUCUCUGUAGAAUUACUUUCGAGACAAUAAGCUUUGCCAUGUAAGGUGCUUCUCGUAGGUCAGGACUCCCUCAUACCAGUGUCUUUUAGAAGCUCUAGAUAUAUCUUUGCAGAGAACAGAAGCCUCCAGAAACCUGCCCUGUCAUUUCUUCGUGGUAUAAAGUUGGCAGAUUGUUUUAUAUUUCUUAGUUUUAGGGGCUUAUACUGCUUAGAAAUACCAUGAGGUAGUUAGAGUCUCUGGCAAACAGUAUUAAGACACCAACUCUUAUUUUUGGUUAUUUAUCUGAGAUCUCAGCUUAAAAAUAUGAUUGAAAGAACCAUGCAAUGAUAGUAGAAUCUCCCUCAGCGUUUUAUCAUGGGAAUCAGUGAUUGUUUAAAACGCUUGCCCUAAGCAGUUAUACCAAGAAUGGACUUAAAUGUUACUCCUAUUAGUCAUACCUAUGCUUUACCCGUUGAGCUUCUAAAUGUCUGUAUUCUAUGCUUUCUGUCUCAUUUAAGAGACAGUUCGCUUCUAAAAAUAACAUCUAUAGUUUAUGAUAAAUUUUUGGCUAGUCAACUUUUGGUAAAAGGCAAGUGUGUGUACUUGCACCUGCAUUAAGAAUUGCCUUUUUAAAGAGAGAAAAAUGAAGGAAAAAGAAAGUAAAUGCCUUUUUAUUAAUGAAAAGUCUUUUUCUGGCUAUGAAGAGAAGUACCUGAACUCAAAAAAAUACACAAUGACUGGUCAUUUUGAUUGGAAGAUUUCAGGUAUUAGAUUAUCUUUAUAAAAUCAUGUAAUUUCAUGGACAGUCUCACCACCUGAAGAUAAAGCCCCUGCACCUACACAGUACAGAGUUUGGAAUUAAAGUUUUAACUCAUCUAAAUGUCAUAAUCUGUAAUAAUUCACAGUCACCAUCAAAUGUUAGAAUCAUUGGGUUGAAUUGCAUGCUUGGCUUUCAUUCUGGCCACACAGCAUGGAGAAUUUAAAAGGUUGGUUGUCUCUGCUGUAGCUGCAUUUUUAAUAAUGAUGUUAAGUGAGUUUGGUUUAUGCACAUUCCACAUUAAUAAACAUUUUAAAAGAAGCAAUCCAUAGUAUUCCAAACCCCAGGAGUCCAAAUAAAGGAAAGUCUUCCUCCUGUGCAAAAUCUCUUCAGCAAUAACAGAAGAGUUCUGUACUGGAGGGUUGGCUUGUUGAAUCAGCAGAAGACAUUUAGUUACAUGCUUCCAAAAUGGGGGGAAAUUUUUUUUAUUGCAUUCAAUUAUGUUUUCUUUAAAAAAAAAAAAGUCUCUACCUCAGGCACUAAGUGUUAGGUAUGGCUAGGUAGGACUCCUAACCAGCAAUCUAAUGUCAUGUGGUGUGCAGUUUGGAUAUUGUAUCAACAGCUAAGGGAUUACCCAUUCUAGUGCCAAAGAUCACUUGUCGCUGAUUUUGUUCUGUACGAUUAAUGUAAAACUAUGGUGGGGACAGACUCUGUGCCCGGGGCCUUGUCUCUGGGAAGAUUUUGUCAGCUUCAAAUACAGUUUAGAAGAUUCAUUUGUGGUCUGUGCAUCUUUUCCUAAAACUUGAAAAGCCAGCUACCAGGAAAUGUCAAGCUGAGGAUUUUACCCCAUUCUUUGUACAAAACAGUACCAAGAGCUUCACGGUUUGCACUGAGAACCUAAUACAAAAAUCCUUUCUCAUGCAUUCACCUGUAAGCUGAUCUCGGUGGGAAUGCACAAGCCGGAAAAUUACCAGGUGAAGAUUUGGGUUCAAAAAAUACCUUUUUCAUAGCUGGGUUGAACUCCUAGGAUUGCUGUAUCGAACUGCAUCGGCAUAUUUCUGGCAUCAUCAUCUGGGAAAGACGGGUGGCCUUGUGCAGGAGGAAGGGGAGGCUGAGGUCUAAACACAAACAGCACCCGUCUCUAGCCCCCUUUGCUUCUCCAGGCCUCGCCUCCGAGAGGUGUGCCUUCUGAGAAGGGAAGGGCACGGCAGAGACCAGGGGAGGGCAGCAGUUAUUAUAGCGAUGCCCUCUGCCCUCACAGACUCAGAAUAGCUGACUGGCAGAGCCCACUGUCAGCAGCACAGGCUGCAGCCUGGUCAGCCAGCCAUAUUUGGUAAUAAAUUUGUGAGCUGUUUAAAAACUGUUGGAGCUGUUAAGUCACUCUGUUAGUUUUAAAAGUGGAUUCUU